AUGUCACUCAAUAUUCUGCUUCUAGGGAGCGGUGGCAGAGAACAUACUCUUGCCUGGAGACUAGCGCUUUCUCCUUCGGUUCACAAAGUUUACGUGGCGCCAGGAAAUGGAGGGACCGCUGUUGCUGGUAACAAGAUUGAAAACGUUGGACAUUUAGGCAUUGGUCCUUCCAAUUUUGACGCUCUACGUCAAUUCGCUACUGAAAAGAAUGUCGGAUUAGUCGUUCCUGGACCAGAACAACCUUUGAUUGACGGUAUUUCUGAGGUUUUCAGGAAAAUUGGCGUUCCAGUUUUUGGUCCAUCGGCAAAGGCUGCCGUUUUCGAAGGUUCCAAGACAUUUUCCAAAAACUUUAUGGCAAAACAUGAAAUCCCUACUGCGCGUUACGCCAAUUUCGACAAGUUUGAAGACGCCAAGGCAUACCUCGAAAAAGUGGAUUAUAAGGUCGUGUUGAAGGCCGACGGUGUGGCUGCUGGAAAGGGUGUUUUGAUCCCCACGACUCAAGAAGAAGCCCUAGAGGGUCUAAAUGCCAUUAUGGUUGAAAAACAAUUUGGUGACGCGGGAAAUUCCGUUGUUAUCGAAGAGUUUCUUGAGGGUGACGAGAUAUCGAUUUUGACGAUUUCUGACGGUUACUCUUAUGUCAACUUACCACCUGCUCAAGACCACAAGCGUGUUGGAGAAAACGACACGGGUCUCAACACAGGUGGCAUGGGUGCCUAUGCACCUGCUCCCGUUGCUACUCCAGCAAUCUUAGAAAAAAUUGACUUUGAGAUUAUUCGUCCCAGCAUUGACGGUAUGAGAAAAGAUCGUUUGCCAUUUAUUGGUGUGCUUUUCACUGGUGUCAUUUUGACUGCUCAAGGUCCCAAAGUUUUGGAAUACAAUGUCAGAUUUGGUGACCCAGAGACACAAGCUGUUUUGCCCUUGAUAGAUGACAGCACUGAUUUGGCAGAAGUGUUUCUUGCGGCUGCGGAACACAGACUUGACUCUGUGGACAUCAAAAUCAAAACAGACAGCUUUGCUACCACUGUUGUUCUAGCUGCUGGUGGCUACCCAGAAAGCUACGCCAAAGGCGAUGAAAUUACCAUCAACGAAAAAUUAUUGCCAAAGAAUUCAUACGUAUUUCAAGCUGGUACGAAGCUUGAAAAUGGAGUCCUGAAAACUGCCGGUGGCCGCGUUGUUGCAGCUACAGCGGUCGCUCCUACUUUGAGAGAGGCCGUCGACAAAGCUUAUGAGGCUGUUGAAUGCGUUCAGUUCAAAAACAGAUAUUUCAGAAAAGACAUCGCAUAUCGUGCAUUCAGAGCUGCAGACGCCGCUGCCAAGCAGCAGAACGAGGCCCUCACUUAUGCGGAAGCCGGUGUAUCAGUCGACAACGGUAAUUUGUUGGUGCAAAAAAUCAAGAACAAAGUGAAGUCCACUAGAAGACCGGGCGCAGACUCUGACAUUGGUGGAUUUGGAGGUCUUUUCGACUUGAAAGCCGCUGGCUAUAACACCGAUGAAACUCUGCUUGUGGCAGCUACUGACGGUGUUGGAACAAAACUCAUCAUUGCUCAAGAGACUGGCAUUCAUGACACUGUUGGUAUCGACUUGGUUGCCAUGAACGUUAAUGACUUGGUCGUUCAGGGUGCCGAGCCUUUGAUUUUCUUGGACUACUUUGCCACUGGUGCUCUGGACAUUAAGGUAGCCACGGACUUUGUUAGUGGUGUGGCGGAUGGAUGUAUUGCUGCCGGCUGUGCUCUUGUAGGUGGCGAGACUUCUGAAAUGCCAGGUAUGUAUCCACCAGGUCAUUACGAUACCAAUGGUACUGCCGUUGGUGCUGUCAACAAAAAUGCCAUUUUACCUAAAAUCGAAAAAAUGGAAUCUGGGAACGUCUUGUUGGGAUUAGGAUCCGAUGGUGUCCACUCCAAUGGAUUCUCACUGGUUAGAAAAAUUAUAGAAAGAACUGGAUUGAAAUGGGAUGCCACCUGUCCUUGGGAUGCUGGCAAGACGCUUGGUGAGGGAACUUUGGUACCUACCAGAAUUUACGUUAAGCAGCUAUUACCAGUAAUCAGAGAGCAACUUGCGCUCGGCUUCGCUCAUAUCACAGGAGGUGGCUUGGUCGAAAAUGUGCCUCGUGCUUUGCCCGAUCACUUACAAGCUAAAAUUGACAUGAACACUUGGCAAAUUCCUGAGGUUUUCAAGUGGUUUGGCAAGACUGGUAACGUUCCAAUUGAUGACAUUUUAAAAACUUUGAACAUGGGUAUUGGUAUGGUUGUUAUUGUUGAGAAGCAGAACGUUGACAGAGUCAAGAGUCUGUUGCAAGAGGCAAACGAGAGGGUCUUUGAAAUUGGUGUUUUGGUUGAAAAACCAGAAGGCCAGCCUCGCUGUGUUGUUGAGAAUGCUGAUGGCCUUUAUUAA